CAGGGCGGAAUCCAAAAGCAGAAUUACCCGGUGCGUCCAGAGCGCAAAGAGGCUCAUCCUUUGAUGCACUUCUCAACUGAUCACUCCGUCUAUCCCGUCUAUUCUUUCCAAUCUUUCCUAACUAUUUUCUCAAUCCUUAAUCCUUACCUCUGGGCACGGCUGGGCAACAAGUCUCCCGUGUAGCCCGUGGCAUUAAUUCUUAAAAAGACUUUUUACUUUUGUUUUUUUCCACUUUUGUUUAUUCUUUUACUCUUCCCCUUCCCUUCUCCCUUUUCCACUUUUACAUUUUCGUUUCUUAAGGGAUUGAGGGAUUACGCACCGCGCCAUAUCCAUAUCCAUUCUCCCUUCGUAUUUCCGACGACCUCUCUUCGGUCCUCCCGGUCUUACUUUGACGACUCUGCAGCUGGUCUGAAUAACGCUGGGAUUUCUUGACGAAAUCAAACGAAGAUAAUACCGUGCCUAUCGUGCUAUUGUGCCUUUAGACUAAUCAAGGAAUUCUUUCGGUCAUACGAUCGAGCAAUUCUACCGCUAGCAUCCGUCAACUGUAAGAGUCAACAACCAGGAUAUAUACCAUCUUAUUCAUCGAAUAUGUUGGAAAAUAUGGAUUGGACGUCGACAAAUCCAACUUCCUUUCGGGCCAAUAAUCCUGGAAUGGACUGGGCGCCCGAACCGACAGCGUUCUCCAUACUUAAGAAGCCUCACGAUUCGCAUCCUUCCAUUGACCACUUAAUAUUAUUGGUCUUCGAGGCCGUACUGGAAGUCGUCUGUGUUAGCUUACCUGGAUAUAUCAUCGCAAGGCUAGGACAUUUCGAUGCCGACAAGCAGAAGUUCUUGGCGAAUCUAAAUGUUAUGCUGUUUACGCCAUGCCUAAUCUUCACGAAAUUGGCGUCGCAACUUAAUGCCGACAAGUUGAUCGAUCUUGCAGUGAUACCUUUCAUAUUCGUCAUACAGACCGCCGUGUCGUAUGUGGUAUCCGUCGGUGUAUCCAAGGCAUUCCGGUUUGGCAAACGUCCGGCAAACUUCGUAACGGCGAUGGGUGUGUUUGGAAACUCCAACUCGUUACCUAUCUCAUUGGUUAUCUCACUAUCGCAAACUUUGAAGGGACUCCAUUGGGAUAGGAUACCGGGCGAUAAUGAUGACGAAGUGGCCGCACGCGGCAUCUUGUACCUCUUAAUCUUCCAGCAGCUUGGACAAUUGGUUAGGUGGAGCUGGGGAUAUCACGUCUUGUUGGCGCCUAAGAGUCGAUACGAGGAGUACCAGAAUGAAACAAUCGAGGAAGGAAGGUAUCGGGAUAAUCUCUCCCAAGAGGCCUUGAUACCAGGUUUAGAUGGAAAUGUCACGGCGGAAAACGACUCGGCAAGCUCGGACGAAUCAGAUGCAUACGAACCGGCCGGUAGAACUCCAGUAGCUGGCACGUCGGUAGCUGGCACGUCGAUAGCAUCGCCCGACGACUCGGACGACGAUGCAAGUACACGGAGACGCUUUGGGAAGAAGCAAGGCAACGGUGCCAACGGCGUCAGCGGACAGUAUGUAACGGCCGGGCCCGGCGAUAUCAUGGCAUUCCCCCGUAUGCACGAUAUAAACGAUCCGGAUAUUCCGAGCGGAGUCCAAGGUUAUUACGUUCGCGCAAAGCUUGGUAUUAAGAGGGCCGCUGCAUCCACCGAACAGCAUGUCAUCGAAUUCUUCAAGCGUACGUUCCAGCGUUUACCUCGCCCAAUUCAGACUGCCUUGACCGGGAUGUGGAGAGGAUGGUUACGCGUGUAUAACUUCCUGUGGGAGUUCAUGAACCCGCCGCUAUGGGCUAUGCUUUGCGCUAUCGUUGUAGCUUCGGUGCCAGAUCUACAGCGACUUUUCUUCCAGGAGGGAACGUUUGUCAACAACAGUGUGACCAGGGCCGUAUCGCAAAGCGGUGGUGUCGCGGUGCCUCUCAUUCUCGUGGUGUUAGGUGCUAACCUAGCCCGGAACACGCAAAACCACACUACUAGAGAUCCGGAGGAGGAGCAAAUCGGGAAGAAACUUCUCGUGGCCUCGCUCAUCAGUCGUAUGCUGCUCCCUACCCUCAUCAUGGCCCCCGUUCUAGCACUUUUCGCCAAAUAUGUCCCGGUUAGCAUCCUUGACGAUCCGAUAUUCGUUAUCGUCUGUUUUCUCCUCACGGGUGCGCCGAGUGCUUUACAAUUGGCACAAAUCUGUCAGAUCAACGAAGUGUACGAAGGAGUCAUGUCUAAGAUCUUGUUCCAGAGCUAUGUCAUCUGGUAAGUUGUUUAUUAUCCGUUACGCUGUCUGAAUUAAUACUAAUCGCUUCUAGGAUCCUUCCUUCGACGCUGGUGCUUGUCAUGAUGGCACUCGAAACGGUUGAAUGGGCUAGAUAAUGUGCGGAGUGAUCGAAACUUGACUCACGCUUGUAUUUGUACGAAAUUAUGUGCGAAGUGCGAAGUGCGAACAAAAGGGGUAUCGUUACGAAAAACUUGAUAAAACAUAAAUAAGCACUGGGGCAAGGAAGGGUACGAAAGCCAAGGUGUUAGCAAUUUGCCUCUAUUAGAGAGAGCAUGCACUCCAUGGCCCAGCAGAACGGGAUUGGCUCUAAUGCGGCAGCGCCGGUGUCUAAUGCGGUGACGAGCCACUUAGUGGAAACCACGAUGCCAGCAACGAGGACCGUUCUGUAUACUACCUGGUUUAUUGAUAGGUUCAUGGAAUAGUUAACUCGGUGAAUUCCGAGUUAGUCCUAUAGGAGUAUAUAAUUUGAGCCACCUUCUCCAUGAAA